GAGAAAUACAUUUCAAAAGGUCUCUCUCUCUCUCUCUCUCUCCUCUCUCUUCCCGGAACCCCCGAAGAGCUGUUUACCCCAACGAGUAAGUGUUCUUUCUUUUCUCUCAGAAAAAUCUGGGACCUUUUCUCUCUCUCUCUCUCUCUCCCCUCUCCUCUCUCUUUCACCCCUUUGAUAUAUAUUCAAAAUUUCUUCCCCACGUUUGGCUCUGCCCUGCUUUUUUCCAUUUGCCUAUUUCUUUUGGCUUAUUCGGCAGAUUCAUUCGUGAUUGUGUUCAGAUCCGAUCAAUCGCGAUUAGAUCCGUGUUUGUAUUCAUUGGGACUGUAAAUUUUUUCGUUGAAUCGUAUUGUUUGUGUGUAAUUUGGCUAUAAUUUGCUUGAGGAUUUUAUUUAUUUCGUUUUUAAUCUCACCGUUAUCCUUAUGUGCUUUUUUUGAUUGGGGGAAAAAUUUUCGAUUAGCAAUGUUGAAUUCUGGUAUUAGCGAGUUCGAGGAAUCGUUUAGUUCUGAUUUUGGUAUCGCUGUUCGGAUCUGCAUGACGCGGUGCUUUAUUACUAUUAUGUUAGGGCUUCUUCGACUGCCGAAAUUCAUGGCUUUGUUUGAUGUAUUGAUUUUAAGCUGUAGCUCUCCAGAUGGAUGAUGAUGGAUUGAACAUGAGGAACUGGGGCUAUUAUGAGCCAACCCAUAAGGGACACCUCGGUCUCCAGUUAAUGUCAUCGCCAGUUGAUCUAGACACAAAGCCCUUCCUUUCUGCCCGCGAUAACAACAAUAAUCCCAAUAUGAUAGUUAGUAAUGGGCUUUUUCAUCCACGGGAUUCGAUUGUUUCUCAGGUGCCCAUAUCACACAUGGACUACAUUAGAGAUGGUUGGAUAAACCACAGAGACAAAUUUUUGCUUAUGUUUCCCGGGAAUCAUUAUGGUGGAAUUGUGGCUGACCCUUCUGGAACUCAACCCCCUGUCCAAAUGUUACAACAGCAACCUCAAUCAGCCGGUAAGGAUCCAAAUACAAGCUCUACUACUGCUGAAGAUCCAAGCGGUGAUCUUUCAAAGAAGAGAUCAGGACCUGAUGUUUUACCACCCAAAGGAAAGAAGGCGAAGAAAGGAGGGCCAUCAGCAUCAAUGAAAGAUGUCUCCCCGCCUGGCAAACGCUCAAAACCAGCAAAGAAGACCAUUGAUGUUGUUAUAUGUGGGACUAAUAUGGACAUAUCAAGCAUCCCUACUCCAGUGUGUACCUGCACCGGAACACCUCAACAGUGUUAUCGGUGGGGGUGUGGGGGCUGGCAGUCAGCAUGUUGCACCACAACUAUAUCUAUGUACCCUUUGCCUAUGAAUAACAAAAGACGUGGAGCAAGGAUUGCAGGGAGAAAGAUGAGUCAGGGUGCAUUCAAAAAGGUUUUGGAGAAACUUGGCAUUGAAGGCUAUAACUUUGAUGACCCUAUCGAUCUUAAGACUCACUGGGCUAAGCAUGGAACGAACAAGUUUGUUACAAUCAGGUAAUACUGUAUCGAUCUCCAUACCAGUUCUGUCAUUCCAGUCUUUCAUGUUAUAGAUUGUAUAUAUUUAAGUGGUAUUUGUUGUUUCAGAGCGGUGAUCCAUAACCCUAUGAUACUUGAGAUCAAAUUCUUUUUCUUUUGCACCUAGUGUAGGAGACUUAAAGAGCAUUUCUUUAUUUAUGUAUUAGAUUUUUUUGUGCUAUUCUGCACUCAACUUUAUCCUUUCCAGUAUUGAAAUUCUUGCUCAUCACAUACUGUUUUGGAUAUCAAAAAUGAUAGAGUGGAUGUGAAACAAACUCUAUUUACAUGG